GGAAUUGCUGCACAGAUGCUGGGACUGGCUCAAGGGUGCUUUGACUACACUAUUCCCUAUAUGAAAGAAAGGAUGCAGUUUGGCAAAAGAAUAUUUGGUUUUCAGGGGCUCCAACACCAAGUGGCCCAUGUUGCCACCCAGCUGGAAGCUGCAAGAUUGCUAACAUACGACACUGCUAGGCUUUUAGAAGCUGGAAAACCAUUCAUAAAAGAAGCAUCUAUGGCCAAAUACUAUGCAUCAGAGGUUGCAAGUCUCACAACUAGUAAGUGUAUUGAGUGGAUGGGAGGAGUCGGCUACACCAAAGAUUACCCUGUGGAAAAAUACUUCCGAGAUGCAAAAAUUGGUACAAUAUAUGAAGGAACUUCAAAUAUCCAGCUGAACACCAUUGCAAAGCACAUUGGUGCAGAAUACUGUUGUCCGAGGGAACGGGGCCUCUCCCCCUGGUUGCUGGUAGAAAAUUCUAAACUAUCGUGCCUUGUUGGGGAAGUAAACCUCCACAGCAUCGAAGCAUUCUGUUUAAGCCCUUAGUCAUGAUUCUUGGGGUAGACCUUUACUGUUUUAUCUGUUGUUCCAGUCUGCAUAAAAGAGGCACAGGAA